AUGCGGCGGCUACCGUCUUCAAGGACCCGGCGGCCCAUGGAUGUGUAUGAGACGGGAAUCGAGUACAUCGUAGCCAAAGGGCCCCUCAACCAGGCCAUCAAUGUUCUGGUGUGGAACCAGAAUGGUCGUAUCCCUUACAUYACGUACGAGUACACCGUCCUGAGAGAGUCCCUGUCCCCCGUCCCUCAACCUCCCGUCUACACUGGCCCCGACAGCACCGCCCCAGGGGUUUCCGUGGAGAUGGGCAGUAUGGUGGCCCCCAACGGGAGCACGUAUGACAAGGUGGCCCCUGAGACCCAGAGGAACCAGGUGCUGAAACAGGGGGCCAAGGCGGCAGGGGCCGAGGGCCAGAAAGGCCAGGAGACCAACGAGGUGUAUGAGGAGACAGGAGCCAUCGACUGUCACCAGGACAGCCCAACCCCACCACAAUACACAGACGGCAACAGCAGUCACACAGGUAGUGUAGCAGUCCCUGCCCCGGCAGCCAGCAGGCCUUUAGAGGAGGGGCCAGACUCAGAGAACCUCAUCUGGAGAGUCUUGCUGGGCGAGCAGAUUGGUCCAGAUGAGCUGCUCACUAACAUCUCAACCAAUCAGCUCCUGACGAAGGGAGAGGGAGUGUUCUCGUUGGAGGUGGACUAUAGCAGUGUGGAGCAGGGAGGCCUGUUCCCCCUCAACAGCUCUCUGGGGGAGUUCAGUCUGGGCCCGCGGAGGAAUGAUACUGGAGACCUGCUGUUCCCCAACAGGACGCUGCUGACGGGGAUGAGGAGCAACAAUCGCACCAACAGAACCAGGUAG